GUUUUCAAAAGAAAACAAGAGAGGUUGUAAGACUGACUUUCCCAAGAACUAUACGCUCAUUUAUACCAGGAAACAGACAAGAGAAGAAGAGGUUGCUGAAGACAAAACUUCUCUGCAAACACCUGUGCACGGCAAUGUGUGUGGGCAUCUGUGAGAAGAAGAGAAUCUGUGAAGUUUGAGCAAGCGGCCUUCCCAAGAUGUACCGAAUAUCUCAACUGAUGUCAACACCAGUAGCAAGUUCUUCCAGGUUGGAAAGAGAAUGUGCUGGAGAACUGUCUCCCAGGUGCAUUUUCCCAAGUUUUACCUGUGAUUCCCUGGAUGGUGACUAUUCUUUUGAAUGCAGCUCCAUAGAUCCCCUGACAGGCUCCCACUAUAUCUGUCGCCGAAGUCCCAGACUCCUCACCAAUGGCUACUAUAUUUGGACCAAAGACAGCUUCCUGUGCGACAAAGAUGGCAACAUAACUCUGAACCCAACCCAGACCAGUGUUAUCUACAAAGAGAACUUAGUUAGGAUAUUUAGAAAGAAAAAGAGAAUCCGUCAUCCCUUUUCUUCUCUCUUCAACCUCAGUACCUCCAAAUCUUGGCUGCAUGGAAGUAUCUUUUGUGACGUCGACUCUUCUCCAAGUGAGGACAACUGGUUGGAGGGGAUCAAGAGGUUGGACACAGACCAUUGCAAUGGAAAUGCAGAUGGUUUACACUGUUCUUCUCCGACCGAUGACUGGGAGUCGGGGAAGAUGAAUGCAGAAUCUGCAAUCACCUCCUCUUCCAGCCACAUCAUAUCUCAGCCUCCUGGAGGAAAUACCGACGGUUUGUCUCCUCAGUCCCAGUUGACAGCUUCUGAACGUUUCCAGAAUAGUUUGGAUCAUUCAGAAACCAGUCUGUUGCAAGAGGUCUUCUUUCAGGCCAUCCUGCUUGCUGUGUGCUUAAUCAUUUCUGCAUGUGCAAGUUCUGGCAGCUGUGAAACCCAGUAUCAAGGUGCUGGCAUCUGGCAAGAGCCUUCUUGCUGCAUCAUCUCAAGGCUGAAAGUGAGAAGAAUUCUAGAGGCUGCAAAUCUCAAGAUCAAGGUGCCAGCUGAUUCCGUGUCUGGUGAGGGCUAACUUCCUGGUUUGCAGAUGGCAGUCUUCUUGUUUCAGCUUCACAUGUUGGAAAGAAAGAUCCAGGGUCUCCUCCUCUUUUUAUAAGGGAGCAAACCCCAUUCAUAGAGGACACAUUAUCAUGACCAGAUCAUUUUCCAAAGUCCCCACCUCCAAAUACCAUAACAUUGGGGAUUAGAGCUUCAGCAUAUGAAUCUUAUGGGUACAAAAACAUUUGGUACAUAAUACCCAGUUACCAAAAAUGUAUGCCUAAUAAAUUUUAGAGAUUCAGUCCUUCUGAAUUGAACAUCAUUGUUUUGACUUAUGCGUCUUUUAAUGCCUUUUACUAGAAAUAUUACUUUGCUGCUCUAGAAAGUAUAAAUGAUUUAUAGUUGUUCUAGCUCAUUCAUCCAUGAGUUCAAUCAAUCCAAUCAAUCAUUAUUAUCAUUGAUCACCUGAUAAUUACCUGGCACUUGCUAGGAACCAAGGAUUUUUUAAGUGAAGGAAAUACAAUUCUACUCUCAAGGAGCAGAUGUCAUAGCAGACUGAGAACCAGCUAAGCAUGUAAUUACAAGUGUCAAAUAUACUCUAGAGCCAAAAAAUGCAUUUCUUUGAAAACAUUUACAAGGUCAGAUUCUCUGGUAAUUUAGAUGAAUUCUUCCUUUGGGUUAAUGGGAAUAAUGGUAUUGUCUUCUCUUUUUGAGAGCAGAGAAAGAUGAGAUGUGAAAGGAGAGACAAAGUAUCAGAAACAGGUAGUGAGGAGAAGAAAAUAAAUGAUCACAGUGGCAAUAAGUUAACAGUAAUAGAAAAUACGAUCACUGGGGAACUUUUAUUCUGUGCCUGAUCCUGCCCCUCGCAAGUUCACAUUGCAUGUUCUGUUAAAUCUCAUAACAACCACUUUAGCUAGGCAGGUGUGAUGGUUAAUUUUGUGUGUCAACUUGGAUAUAUCAUGAUGAACAGUCGUUUGGUCAAAAACUAGUCUAGAUGUUCCUGUGAAGGUAUUUUGUGGAUGUGAUUAAUGUUUGUAAUCAGUUGACAUUAAAUAAAGCAGAUUAUC